AUGUUAUUGAAGAUUUGGCUAGUAAUAAUAAGUUUUAUAAGUAUAGUUCCAUUAUUUUUAAUAGCUCAAAACUCUCCGAAAGACUAUCUUAAAAUUCACAAUAAUGAACGUGUAGAAGUUGGGGUUAAAUCACUGAAAUGGGAUCCAAAACUUGCAUCGCUUGCUCGUAAAUUUGUAAAGAAACACAUUUUUGAUUGCAAGAAGGGGUUUGAUGAUACGACCUUUGCUGGUAAAAAAUAUGGUCGAAGCAGUGCAUAUCAUCGAGCAUUUCUAUCAGGUGUCGAUGCUGUAAAUACAUGGUUGCAGCAGAAAACAAACUACGACUAUAAAUCCAACAAUUGCAUUGAUGGUACCCUUAGUUGUAUUUUAUAUGCUCAGAUUAUAUGGGGUGAAACUACUUUUUUAGGUUGUGCUAGAGUCAAGUGUCGCAAUUAUGGAGACAUGACGACAGGUAGAGGUGUUGCGAGGGUUUCUGCCGAUACCCCUGGAAAUUCUUAA